AUGGCUUUAGUAUUCUUUAGAGUAAGAAUUGAGAUAGCAUCAGAAGCAGGUAAUCUUGCAUUGGUUCAAUGGAUCCAUUAUAAUACUACUUUUGGAUGUUUACAAUCUACUAUGUUGUACAAUUCAGAAGGAAAACUUUAUCAAAAAAUUAUACAAUAA